GCGUUGUUAACACACAAACGCACCACUAGAGAGAACGUCUGUUAAAACACGUCCAUGACUUCCUUUAGGAUAAAAACACAUUAGUGAAGGUUUCAGUCUUGCAGCAUAUGAGGCACUAUGGCUCUGAGGUAACUCUAACCAAGCCGUGCCUCGCACAUAAGAGCAGUUUGACCGAUUUACACAUCGCGUGCGAACUAACCGCUUCUCGUGACAGCGGGACAGAUGCUUCUCAGGCAAAUGCUGCCUUCACUGCAGGAAGUGUAACGAAGCAGCACGGCGCAUGCUCUCGUGCCUCUCUGACAAGCGGAGGAUGAACUAUCCGCUGCUGUAAAACGCUCUGUGGGGAGGGGGUGAUGGCGGGUGCUGAGGUCACCGUGUCUUCAGGGGAUCUCAUGACGGUGAAGGAGGAGGAAGGGGAGUCCAGUGGCAACAACCAUAAGACUCAAGUCAUCCUGCACCUGCAGCCCAUCCUGCACGGGAUAAACGACGACAUUGCUGACACUGGCACGACAGUCUUGGCCAUAGAGACACAUCAUGAAGACAGUAAAGCAGAAGGAGAGGAGAUCGAGUACGGCUACCCCAUCACCUGUGGAGACAGCCGUGCGGUUCUACUCUUUAAGAAGUUUGUGUGCCCUGGGAUCAACGUCAGAUGUGUCAAAUUUAAUGACCAGCUCAUCAGUCCCAAGCAGUUUGUCCACCUGGCAGGGAAAGCCACUCUUAAGGACUGGAAACGGGCCAUCAGACUGGGAGGGGUAAUGCUCAGGAAAAUGAUGGACUCCGGCCAGAUAGAUUUCUACCAGCAUGACACGGUGUGCAGCAACACCUGCCGCAGCACUAAAUUUGAUGUGCUGAUCAACAGCACGCGGCUUCCUCCGGGGACCUCGGUGCAGCCGAGCCCGUCAUGUCUGGCUCUUGACCUUGUUGGAGGACAGGUGCCUCCCCUGACAGGGGAGGCUGUACAUGAUGCAGCAGAGGUAGAGGAGCCUGUGGAGGAGAAGUUCAGUGCAGCAGCAGAUUGGAGCCCUGGUGCGGCCCGCAAUGUGAAUCCCACAACAGCAAACGGACAUGCUGUGAAGAGAAAGAGGGCUGACACACCUCCUGUUUACUUACCUGACACCAGUCCUGAGGAGCAGUGA